AUGAGCCUGGUCUCGACCGUUUUUAGCUCGGACACCUCGCAACCUUCCCUAGUAAGGCUUGGAUUUCCUUAUUAUUUACAUUUAAAUUUACGGGGCUACUCUGAAUUUUUCCUCAACUACAAAGACAAUUACUACAGAAGUGGAGAAGCCUUUGUUUGUGUUUUCUCUAUAACCGAUCCAGAUUCUUUUGAUCAAACAAUUGAAUUUCGAGAACAAAUCCUUCGUGUCAAAAACUUCGACACAACAAUUCCUAUUGUUUUGGUUGGAAAUAAAUCAGAUUUGGGUGAUACAGAAAGACGUGUGCCUAUUGAAUUGGCUCAACAACGCGCAGAACUUUGGAGUUGUCCUUAUGUUGAGACUUCGGCAAAAACACGUUCUAAUGUGGAUAAGGUUUUCUACGACUUAAUGAGAGAAUUAAAACGUAAAAAGCAAGGAACACUUACUGCUGAUGGGGCACACCCAAUUGAUCAAACAGAUGGAAAGAAGCGUGCAAAGCGUUCAUGGAAGGGAUGUAUGGUUCUUUAA